AUAGAAAAUUCGUCCCAGAGAACGAAUCUGGAAAUCUUCUGCCGUUCGAUCUUGUUCCUCGGAAGUAUGUACAUAAUAAGGAUAACGAUUCAGACGGUUCUUUAGGGUUUGGUCACAGGGAAACCGAACAGCGGAAGCAGCGGGCGCGGCUAUUGCCCCCGUUUGUCAUCUCUUAAUCGUCCAGCCAUGGCAACCCAAAUGAGCAAGAAGCGAAAGUUUGUGGCCGAUGGAGUAUUCUUCGCAGAACUAAACGAGGUUUUGACCCGUGAGCUUGCGGAGGAUGGGUACUCCGGUGUGGAGGUUUGGGUUACUCCUAUGAGGACUGAGAUCAUCAUUAGGGCUACCCGGACCCAGAGCGUUCUUGGUGAGAAGGGGAGGAGGAUUAGGGAGCUGACGUCCAUCGUGCAGAAAAGAUUUAAGUUUCCGGAGAACAGCGUUGAACUUUAUGCUGAGAAAGUUAAUAAUCGGGGUCUCUGUGCUAUUGCCCAGGCCGAGUCGCUUCGAUACAAGCUCCUUGGAGGGCUUGCUGUUCGCAGGGCUUGUUAUGGUGUCUUGAGGUUUAUUAUGGAGAGUGGUGCCAAGGGAUGUGAAGUUAUCGUGAGUGGAAAACUUAGGGCACAACGUGCAAAAUCCAUGAAAUUCAAGGAUGGUUAUAUGAUUUCUUCUGGCCAGCCUGUGAAUGAAUACAUUGAUUCUGCUGUGAGACAUGUUCUUUUACGACAGGGAGUGCUUGGCAUCAAGGUGAAGAUUAUGCUUGAUUGGGAUCCCAAGGGCAAGCAGGGACCGCCUACUCCUCUACCUGAUCUCGUCACAAUUCAUCCACCUAAGGAGGAAGAAGAGUAUGGAAGACCAUCUUUGCUAAUUCCUGCAGAAGUUGAAGUUCCUCCAGCUAUUGCAGCUCAAUAAAUACCAUUAUGUGUGUUAGGCUUGAGGAUUGAGUCCUCCCCUAGAUAAAUUUUUUUUAAUAUAUAUAUAUAGACUGUUUAAAGCAAGCAUCUACUGUUCUCGUCGCCUGUGAAAUUUGCUUGUUUACGUGUAUUUGUAUGAGUUGAAGUGGUCUUCUUGACUACAUCCGUCUUUAUAUACCAGAUACCAUUCUGGCUUUUAUCAGGCAUAUUUUUUUUGGAAGAUUUA